AUGAGUUCGCCGGCCGGCCUGCCGCUGGACGCGACCAUUACCAUUGUUAACAACUCCGGCAAGCUCAUCAGCACUGGCAAGCAGCUUCUCUCCAUAUGGAAGACUGCCCAGACGUCUUACAGAGAGAAGAAGACGGAGCUCAGCGAGGGCCGCGCCCAGGAGCGAGCCGCUGAGAGGGCGCCGCCUCCUGUGCCCGUCAAGCGCGCCCAGACCUUCGACACCGGCCGCAGCAUCCCUCGUCGCCAAUAUGACGAGCUCAGCGUGGCGAGCUCUGCCCGGACAUACAAGAGCUCCAUCGCCAAGAAGCAGCUGCCCCCGGUCCCCAACCAGCUCGCCCUGACCGAGGGCAACCUGGAAAAGCUGUCCGAGGUGUCGAGCGUUGCGCCGUCAAAAGCGCCGUCGUCGUACGGGGGCAUCAACAACAACAACGCCAUGGUUGUCAAGGGCAGCUUCGCGCGCGUCGAUCCGCCCAUGGCGCUGCAAAAGGUGCAGCCUCGCAUGGUGGGCCGCACGCGGUCCGACACCGAGAUUGAGGCCCAGAAGAGAUUCAGCAUGGGCAGCGACUUGCACUUGGCCUACGGCGAUAUUCCCCCGGACCUGGCCGACAGAGUCGACCUGGACAAGCACACUGCCUAUUCGGAGGAGCCGACUCUGUAUGAUGAGCAACAGCAUAUCGAGGACGAGCGGGAGCAGGCCGAGCAGCUGAUCCACAAGAUUGAGAAUCUGCUGGAUGAGGCGUCCUGCGCGCAGCAUUCUGCGACGGCCAUCAUUACGCAUCUCCAGGAGAGGCCCGAUGCGGCGGCUGCUGUUGCGCUUACUUUGGCGGAGCUCUCGGGCAUCAUCACGAAGCUGUCGCCCGGCUUUGCGGCUAUCCUCAAGGGUACCUCACCCGCCAUCUUCGCCUUGCUUGCGUCCCCCCAGUUCCUGAUUGGUACUGGCAUCGCCGUCGGCGUCACGGUAGUCAUGUUUGGCGGCUGGAAGAUUGUGCAGCGCAUUGCGCAGAACUCGGUUGGCGCCAAGAAGCCCAUGGCCUAUGAGGCUGCCGCUGCUCCGCUGCCGCAGAUCGACAAUGGCGUUGACGAGGCCAUUGUGCUGGAGACGGUGGAGGUGGACAUUAGCUCCAUCGACACGUGGAGGCGCGGCAUCACUACAGAGUUCGAAGCCGCUGAUAUGGAGCUGAUGACUCCCGAGGCGGAUCGCGUGGUGCGGGAGCGACGGGCCUCUGGCGUUCCGGAGGACUACUUUGACUCAAAGUCGAGAAAGAGCUCCAAGACGCAGCACAGAUCCAAGACGCACUCGUCUUCACAUUCUUCUUCGUCGCACAAGUCGCACAGGUCGAAGGAGUCUUCGGAUAGGAAGAGCAGCAGCAGCGGUGGUAGCAGCAGCAGCAGCGGCAGAAGAAAGAGCCUCGAGUCCAACAGCAGCGGCUCUUUGAGCCUGUUCAAGAGGUCCCUCUCUGGCAGCAAGAAGAAGAGUGACGAGGGCAGCGUCAAGGGCGGCAGCGUUAAGAAUGAGGAGAUGACUGUCAAGGCCAAGAUGAGGCAGAACAACAACAUGCUCAAGGCGCUGUUCAAGAGCAAGGAGCACAGACAGAGCAUUGCCACUUGA